CUACUACAUCAUCUAUCCAAUCUCUAUCUAUUUCCUCCCUAAAACAUAACACCAUGACUAAUUCCUUGAACCCAAUCUUCACUUUAGCCGCCGUCCUCGUCUUAGCCCUAGCUUGUGGUUCGAGUCGCGCACAAAACUGUGGUUGCGACUCGAACCUAUGUUGUAGCCAAUACGGCUACUGCGGCACCACAUCUGACUACUGUGGUGUCGGGUGUCAACAAGGACCCUGCGAUGCACCCGUCGGGCCCACUCCUACGGGCCCGAGCGGGGUCUCGGUUCCCGAUGUAGUGAGUGAUGGUUUCUUUAAUGGGAUAAUUGAUCAAGCAGACUCUAGUUGUGCUGGUAGGAACAACUUUUAUAGUAGGUCUGCCUUCUUGGAUGCUCUUAACCAUUAUCCCGAGUUUGGGACUGUUGGUUCUGCUGAUGAUUCUAGGCGUGAAAUUGCGGCUUUCUUUGCCCAUGUUACUCAUGAAACCGGACAUUUUUGCUACAUAGAGGAAAUAAAUGGAGCAUCAGGGGACUACUGUGACGAAAACAACACACAAUGGCCAUGCAACCCUAACAAACAAUACUUUGGAAGAGGACCAAUUCAACUAUCAUGGAACUACAACUAUGGACCAGCUGGCCAAAGCAUUGGAUUCGACGGUUUAAACGCGCCGGAAACCGUCGCCAGCGACCCCGUGAUCGCAUUCAGGACGGCGUUCUGGUUUUGGAUGAACAAUGUACACUCUAGGAUAAUUUCUGGACAAGGGUUUGGUUCAACCAUUAGAGCUAUUAAUGGGAUGGAAUGUGAUGGUGGUAACACUGCAACUGUUAAUGCUCGUGUUGGUUACUACACUCAGUAUUGUAGUCAACUUGGUGUUUCUCCCGGGGAUAAUCUUUCUUGCUAGUUAAUUAGGCUCUGUUUGGUAACACGUACUGCAACUGUUAAUGCAAAAUAAAUAUGUAUAUUCAAUCAAAAAAAUAAAAAAGUAAAUUUUAUA